ACUGAAAAUGAUGGCGUCCCCAGUGAAGUUACCGUAAACAUGACAGAAAAUCCUCUCAUUUUAGACUUUGCUCUCCUAUAAAUUAGAAAAUUAAAAGCUGCAAAUGCAGAUGCUGUUUAUGAAUUGAAUCUGAUAGUUUACUUGGAGUAGGUCUUCAUACCGUACAUUUCUACAGAGUGCAGACAUACCAUGACCUCUGACCUCUGAUUCAUUUGCCAUCCCUGUCCCCCAUCCAGUGUAAACAAUGGAAAGUUAUACAGAUGAUAGUAAUGUCGCCCUAGAUCAGUCAUCAGGGACCAACAAUAAUAACUCUAAAUCACAGUUAAACCAAUUUUAUGUGUGUGCCAACUGCUGUCAAGCAUUUGCAAGUACUAAUGAUUUACGCAACCAUGUUGCUGCAAACUGCAAUACAACCUAUGAGAGCUCAAAACUAGAGGUCAAAGAAUCGCAAAAUCAAGUACUAAUGCUGACCAUAGAUCCUCAGAAUAACGAGAAACCAAGUGGUGAUGCACCAUCCAACCCCUCACAGACAAUGGUACACUCCUCCAUACCAAGCAAUCAAGUCCCCACUGAUUGGCUUACACAGCUAGCAAAUAUAGCGACUGGACCCCAGAGUCCACUACUGCAAAAGAGUGAUAUUCGGAGUCCUGCAAUGAAUUUUAAUCAGUUGAUGCAUACCUAUGCUAAGCCACCGAGGUCCCAUGACGCCACAUCCUCUUCACUUGAGAAUGAAGAAUUCCAAUCAAGGGUGUUAACGCCUUUAAAUACAAUCGAGCCAGAAAGCGAUGACAGGGUGUCUUCUUCUUCACCUUUUCCUACUUGUCCAGAGGAUUUUGAGUCAGGCCAUGGGACCUGGUCCCACACAUGGCCCUCAGCUGUAUGGCAGUGCUUCAUGAAAGGUUCCCUCAUACGGUUCACAACAGGCCAUAAAACUGAAUGGCAGUUAGCUGAAGAGAUUGGUAGAAAAGAGCUGUUAGCAAAGCAAGCUUAUCAAAGUAGUGAUCUCGAUUCAGACAACCAAUCAGCAACCAGAAUAUAUGCACCUAACGGUCUUACGCUGGAACGUAUAGAGGAGAUAGAACCAGCUGCUUUGUCAGUGGACGAUUCAAUACCGGAAGAGAUGAUUCUAACAUUCAACACCAAUGGCACAGAACCAGAAACAUUGCAGGCACAUUGUCCUAUUGAUCAUCCAUUCUUUGUUAAAAUGAAGGGGUGGUCUUCCUACAACCCGCUGCUAACAGUUGAAAAAUAUGGGAUUCCCUGUAGCGAACUGGAAAGUGGAGACAUCUGUAUACCGCCCUCACAUCCCGAUGCUAUCAGUUUCAAAGAAUCAAAUGUCUUUGAAAGUUUUAAAAGCUUUGAUCUGACACCAUUGGACACUUCAACCGUCCUGGCCCUCAGUAGUUUAGCCCGUCAACGCCGUGAUAUAGAAAGUAACCAACCAAAAAGUGCACCACCCUCGCCAGUUAAGAAGUCGCGUAAGGUAGAUCCUAACCGUGGGAAGAGGCCUAUGAAUGCUUUCAUGUUGUUUGCCAAAAAGUUCAGACUGGAGUAUACACAGAUGUAUCCAGGGAGAGAUAACAGGGCCAUCAGUGUGGUAUUAGGAGAUGAGUGGAAGAAAUUAGGCAGUGAAGAGCGGAAAUUAUAUGCAGAGGAAGCAAAAUCAUUGGCUGAGGAGCACAAAAAGAACCACCCAGAUUGCUGGAAGAGAAAACGCCAUGCCUCAAGUAGUGUGUAAAGUAAUGGUAGUGAUGCAUUUAUUGCAACCCUUAAUUUGAUCAGCUUCAACACUGACUCAUGGAAAAUUCCCAGUGGUAGAAUUUGGUUAUGAAUCAAGGGAACAUAAAGA